GACGCUGUGAUUACUCUACUUUCAUCUCUUUUUACAUAGAUUCCAUCUCCAGGUUUAUCUCCUCAUACCAUUUUAUCCCUUUUUCCGACACAGAUGUCGACCGCCGAAACCCCAGGAGAGCGCGCACCGCUCCUAGGCGAUGAGAAUACGCCACCGAGUUCCUCAGGCGAAGACCGCGUGGGGGACGACAAGGCACCCAUCUUGUCCACAUUGCGCGGUGCAGUGAUAUGUACAUCAAUUGGGCUCAUGAUAUUCCUACAAGGUGCCAACAUCUCCAUCCUGACAACAACCCAAUCGGCCAUAGCUGCGGAUCUGGAUGCCUUCGAGGAGGCAACAUGGUUCACCUCGUCCUAUUUGAUCGCUAUGUCCGCUUUUGCCCCGCUCAUGGGUCGGCUCUCUCAGGUCUUUAGUCCCAGACUAUGCAUGUUCUUCUCCACAAUGCUCAUAUGCUUGGGAUCUCUCCUUACGUCGCUCGCAAACUCAUUCAGCUGGUUCCUAGUGGGGCGUUCAUUGACUGGCGCGGGCGGUGCCGGAAUCCUUAUCGUUGCAACAAUUCUUGCCAUCCAGGUGGUCAGCCCCAAGCGUCGUGGGCUGUUCAUCGGCCUGGCAAAUACCAGCAUGACUGUCGGUCUUUCUCUCGGAGCUGUCAUUGCUGGUGCCGCGGAGCCCAGGAUCGGAUGGAAACCCCUCUUUGGCAUCCAAGCUCCUAUCAGCAUUCUGGCAGGCUUCGGCAUCCUCUUCGGCAUUCCAUCAGGAUACAAGGCAAAGAACAGUGACCUUGAACACCGAACUCUUGAUGAAAAGCUUGCUCGAAUCGAUUAUUCAGGAGCACUGCUGCUGAUAGCUGGCAUCAUCCUUUUCCUACUUGGUCUUUCUGGUCCCCGGAUCCUGGCAACUCCACUUAUCCUAUCUGCCUUUGUAAUACCGGCUUUCGUUCUGAACGAAAUAUAUGUGGCCAAAGAUCCAGUUAUUCCCAUCAUAGUACUCCGGUCUCGAGGCACCCUCCUCAUCUGCCUUGCCACGGUAGGCAUCAUGAUGGCCCGCUGGGUGGUGCUGUUCUACACCGUGGUAUAUGCGAUCGCGGUCCGUGGCUGGGCGCCCGCAGUUGCCGGGACCAUCCUCAUUCCCACGAAUGCGGGUUUUGCGACUGGAGGCUUGCUUGCUGGCAUCUUCCAUAUCCGCCGCAAUGGGAGCUUCUACAUCCACACUCUUGUGGCCAAUUUGCUGUUUCCGGUCACUCUUAUCGUCCUGGCCUUCAUCUCUACGCCGCAAAGCUCCGCGGCUCUGUACGUCGUGAUGGUGUUCUGCAACGGAGCUCUUGCCGGUGCCGGACUAAACUACACGCUCGUCCAUCUGCUCCAUCUGACCUUGCCCGAGGUCCAUCCCAUUGUGCUCUCCCUCCUGGCGACGUUCCGCGGCUUUUCUGGCAGCUUCGGAUCUGCGAUCGGUGGCGGGAUUUUCGAGCGUGUGCUGCAGACGUCCCUCGUGGAGGGGUUCUCGAGGGCGGGUAUCGAGGAUCGGACCGGCUUGAUUCGAAGGCUCCUGGGCAGCCCGGCGCUCGUCUCGACUCUCGAGGGACCGAGGAGAGAGAUUGCAGUCAAUGCAUAUCGUGAGGGCAUUAAGACGCUAUUUCUCUGCGGGACAGGCUUGGCUGUUCUCAUGACGCUCGUACAAGCGGGGAGCGGUUGGAAAGCUCCGGCGAAGAGCGUGGCAGCGAGUGACGAAGAGAACGUCGAGGGCGAGGAGGCGUUGGCAGAAGGAGCUUGAGGAUGAGCUC